AUGUCUCGCCCUCCAGGCCGCAACGGCGCCAAGCUGGAGCAGCGCAAGGCGCGCGUUCACGAGGCCAACAGCGUAACAAAGGACUUCCUGCUGCUCUCACAGCCCUUCAUCAACGCCGGCAUCCUGAUCGCGUCCGCCUCGUCGGGCCGCCGCCUGUACAUUCACCACCUCACCGAGGUGCCGCUCAACGAGGUGUACCUCACGCGGACUGGAAACCACCUCCAGCGGAGAACUGUCAACCUGACGGCGCCGGCAAAGGGGACGGCGAUCGACAUCAAGGUGGAGGAGAUCCCGCCGCUGCCGGUGCUCUCCGUCAAGAUGACCCUCGCGCUCCCGACCUCCGUCUUCUCCGGCCCCGCCCGCGCGCGCGACAACGCCGUGCUCGACCUGCUACAGCGUGGCAAAGAGGCAAACGGCGCGGGCGACUUUGGCACCGCGUGCGCCUGUUUCGAGGCCGCGUACGCUCUCUCUGUCCGUGCGGGCAUGCUGGUGUCUGCGGCGAACAUGCGGCUGAAGCUGUCGCACGCGGCGACAGCAGCGGCCAUGUACCGCUUCGUGCUCUCCGAGUGCUCCCUCCUGCCUGCGGAG